AAAGUGUCGAUUGGCUUUUUGUGUUGUGUUGCGAGGAGAGGCCUUCCGCUCGAAGAAAUCGAAGCCGCGCUUCCCCUCUCCGCCUCCGCCUCCGAUCUGCUGCGGCGGCGCGAUCCGGCAGCCGGCGACCUCCCUCCGCCUCCUUCCCGACCCUUUCGUAGCUUUCUCAAUCCCCUCCCCCCCUCCUCGCGGCGCGCGCACGGCCGGCUGAGAAGGUUUCCGAGGGGGCCGACCUCCUUCUAGCCAUGUACAACAAUUAUGGAAAUUCUCCUGGAAUGCAGAUGCCUCCUAUAGGGCAGAUGCCUCCUGCCGCAGGGCAGAUGCCCUCGGCAAAUCCUCAGCCUGGCCAAUUUGGCAAUCCAUUUUAUGGUGCGAGCUCAGGUCUAAUUAAAACUGGGUUAGGAGCAUAUGGAGAGAAGUUCCUUGGUUCCAGUUCGGAAUUCAUGCAAAGCAAUAUUAACAGAUACUUCUCCAACCCGCAGUACUAUUUCCAUGUGAAUGAUCAGUAUGUCAGGAACAAGCUGAAAGUUAUACUGUUUCCGUUCCUUCACAGGGGGCAUUGGACUAGGAUAAGUGAGCCUGUUGGUGGCCGACUGUCGUACAAACCUCCAAUCUAUGACAUCAAUGCACCGGAUCUUUACAUCCCUUUCAUGGCAUUCGGUAGCUUCAUUAUUCUUGCGGGCUUUACAUUAGGUUUCAUGGGAAAGUUUACUCCAGAAGCUAUAAAUCUGCAGUUCAGCAGAGGACUCAUUGGAUGGGCCUUGCAGAUUGUGAUCCUGAAAGGGCUGCUCUACUCGAUGGGCGGUGGAGAGGUGCCGCUGCUCGACCUGGUAGCUUAUGGCGGAUAUCUAUUUGCCGGGCUUUCCCUUGCUGUCAUCUCGAGGCUUCUGUGGGCUUACUCGUACUUCGUUAUGAUGCCAUGGAUGAGCCUUUGUAUGGGGGUGUUCUUGGUGAGGACGAUGAAGAGGGUGCUCUUCACGGAGAUGAGGAGCAGCGAGAGGCACUCGACGCGGCAGCACUAUUUCCUGCUCUUCCUGGCAAUUUCGCAAUUCCCCCUGUUCUUCUGGCUUGGCAACAUAGGUGCAUGAAAACAUUUUUCUGGUUGCGGUUUGUCGGUAUAAUAGUUAAACCGUGGUGUUUAGGUUCAUUGUAAAAUAGUUUUUCAAUAGAUUUCAACAGCUUGUGUCGUUUGUCCAUUAGAGUAUGUUUAUCGACAGGGUUUGGUAGAUAUGUGCCGAUGUAAGUUUAUGAGUUCAUAACUGGAUUUAUGUUCGAUCUCCGUAAAAUAUAUAUACAAAAAUUUUGUUUAUAGAAUA